GCGACGACCUGUCAUUUCUACUUUACUAGUUACUCCGUAAAAUAUUUAGACUAAAAGCCAGCAUGGGAAUGUUAAGUCGGCAUAGUUGUGACACCUUAAUUUAGAUAAGUAAAUGUACCUUAAUAUAUAUAAUUGAGAAUAAGUAAUAAUUUAAUUGAAAAUGAGUGAUAAUAUCAAAGUUGUUGUGAAAGUCCGGCCUCUUAUUUCCCGUGAAAUAGAUGACAAGCUUGGCUACCAAUGGCGCGUAAACAAUAAUACACUCUAUCAAAUAGAUCAAAAUGGAAAAGAUUGCGGUCAAUAUUAUACUUUUGACAAAGUUUACGAUAAAGACACGAAAACUGAUGAUGUAUAUAAUGAUAUCGCAAAGCCUAUUGUUGAAGCUGCGACUGCUGGAUUCAAUGGCACCAUUUUCGCUUACGGCCAAACGUCCUCGGGCAAAACCUACACCAUGGCUGGCACGAAAGAGGCACCUGGUAUAAUACCACUGGCUGUGAUGAAUUUAUUUGAUAUUAUAAAAAAUAUUCCAGACAGAGACUUCUUAGUGAGAGUAUCUUAUGUUGAGAUAUAUAAUGAAACAUUAACAGACUUACUAGAUUUGAAGAAGAAUAUCAAAAUCCAGGAGACGUUACAAGGUGUAAAAGUAGAUGCUACUGAAAAACUUACCACUUCACCCGAGGAAGUGUUGGAUGUUAUGAGAGUGGGUAAAGCCAACAGACAAACUGGUGCCACAAAUAUGAACGAAGAAAGCAGUAGAUCACAUUCCAUCUUUCAAAUCACAAUAGAAUCACGUGAGCAUAUCGAAGGUGAAGAAGAAGUGGGUUCCGUGAAUGUAUCUCAGUUAAACCUUGUCGAUCUGGCAGGGUCUGAACGAUCUGGUCAAACAGGUGCAACCGGCAUACGAUUCAAAGAAGGCACACACAUCAACAAGUCCCUGUCUUCAUUAGCUUUAGUUAUCAAACAAUUAUCUGAAGACCCCAAUAAGCAUGUGAACUACCGUGAUAGUAAAUUAACACGAAUACUUCAAAACUCCCUCGGAGGUAAUGCUAAAACAAGUAUUAUUUGUGCAGUGACACCUGCUGCAGUUGAGGAAACAAUAUCUACGUUACAAUUUGCAAACAGAGCUAAAGCAAUCAAGAACAACCCGGCAGUUAAUGCCGUUGCCACGAACGUGACGAUGAUCCAGACGUUAACCAAGCAACUAUCAGCGCUGAAGACUCAGCUCGAGAGCAAAAAGAAUGUCGAGCAAGAUAACUACAACCUACAAAAGCAGAUUGGUGGCUUACAAAGGUUGAUCCUAAAUGGAUUUGCUCAAAGAAGCAGUACAGAUCUUGGUGGAGCUCGAAGAAAACUCCACCAGCCAAGACGUGUUACAAUAUCCACAUUGCAUCCAAUACAAGAAGAUCCAGUUCCAUCUAUACCAAAGUUUUGUACUCCCAGCUUAAAAUAUAAUCCUAUGUCAAUAGCAAGCGUAUCGGACUUUGUACCUAUUCAUAACGUAUCAAGUCUACCAAGUGUGUCAGAAGAGCUGCGUCUCAUUACACCCCCACCAACUGAAAGGAAGGUCUAUUUUGAUAAUGAAAUUAUUGAAUUAGAUAGCGAUGACGACAACUCAACAGACAUACAGACUUGUUCGCCAUAUCACAAAUGUUACCAGUCAUCAAAAACACCACCUUGUGUUCUUAGAAAGAAUGCUAAGUUAGCAGAGAAGAAUUUCAAAGACAUUGUUGAACUGACAGAGAGGGAAAAGAUAUAUACACCUAAUAUCGUUGAACUAAUGGAAAAAUUAGAAAUCAAGUCAACGACGAUAGCAAAAUUGGAAGACGAAAUUCACAAACUCAGUAGAUUGAGUAAUGAUAAGGAUUUAGAAAUGGAAAGGCUUAAAUGUAAUAUAAAUAAAAUGGAAGAUGAAAUAAAAAAUGUGACGUCUGCAAAGGCAGAUCUCGAAGCAGCCUGUAAGAACUAUAACACUAAACUAACAGAUUGGGAAGUUAGUUACGAGACAUUGAAGAAAAAGGCCAAAACUAGGGAAGACGAACUACUUUCGCUUUUAAAAGAACACGAAGCUAAGCAGAAAUAUGAAAAAAUUGGUAAAUUAGCAUCAAAAUCAAUUGAAAGAGAUUUGACAAACUUCAUGGACCUGUCCAGAGAUAUAUCUUUAGUGAAUAGUGAUAAUGAAAACAGUAUUAUAAAUAUAGAACAAGGACAGACAUUUGAAGUUCAGCAUUCCAAAUAUAACAUAGAAAGCAAAUUGUCUAUAAAAGAUCAAACAAUUUUAGAAUUAAAAUCAGAUUUACAGUCACAAAAAUCAAAAAUAGACAGCUUAGAAACAAUAAACAAGGAAUUACAGGAAAUCAUAUCUAGUUACAAAGAAAAACUUACGUGCAUAGAAAAUGAAAAUAUUUUACAUAUAUCAACCAUAGAUAAAUUAAAUAAUAACAUUGAAAACCAAAAAACUGUUUUAGAAACAAUGAAUGAGGACAUUGAUUCCUACAAUAGUGUAAUUCAAGAGUUGCAAAUUAAAUUAGCUAAAAAAGAAAAUUUUACUGGAAACAUUGAUGUUGAAUUAGAAGAAAUGAUAUCAAAAGAAGAAAUGUUCAUAGCAAAUAACGAAAACAUGAAAAAUAUUAUACAGACGCUAAAAGCUGCUCUCAAUGCUCGAAAUGAAGAGAUAAAGAAUUUAAAGUCAUCUCUCGAUAAAGGAAACACACAAGAAAUGGAAGAACUUGAAAGCAAGAAAAAAGAAAUAUCUCUACUCAUACAAGAAGUUGAAAGUCUAAAAACUCAGUCGAAUAAAAAUAUUGUUAUUAUCGAUAAAUUACUUGAAGAAAAAAACAACUUGCUACAUAUAGAGCAGCAGCUUCAAAUGAAGUAUAUUGAAAUACAAAAAGAAAAGGAAUUACUUGAUGAGACAAUUGGACAAUAUAAAAUAGAAAUAAAUGAGUUGAAAAUUUGUAAAGAUAAAUCUAAUAUUCAUUUAGAAGAAAAAGAAAGAGAAAUAUUGUCUAUUAAAGAAAUUAAAGACAGUGAAAUUAGAACACUGUCAGCAAAAAUUAUAGACUUAGAAGAAAAUAUUAAAGUAAAAGACAAAAUUGUAACAUCACUACAAAAAAACGAAAAUGAUACUGAAGAAAAUCUAAAAAGAGUUCAAUCUAAUAUACACAAAAUCAACAAAAUAAUGGUUUUAUUCAAAGGCAAUAUAUUAGAAGUUCCAGAAAAAAUAAACGAUUUAGUUUCAGCCCUUAGUAUGCUAUGUGAUCAUAUAACGUCAUUGGAAACUCUCGCAUCAGACACGAUUGCACAAAAGACAUCAGUUGUUACUUUGUUAGAGCAAAAAGAAACAGAAUUAGGAAUUGUACAAUCUCAUAUAAAUGAUCUCAGCGAUGCUGUAGAUUGUUUUUAUGAGGAAUAUGAAAACUUAACCGGUAUAUAUCACAAAAAUGGAACAUGCAGCAAAGAUUCAAACGAAUUCCAGAAUAAUGAAACAAAUUCUAUCGAAAGUUUGAAAAGUAACAUAAUGAACCUCAUUGCUGUUAUAAAAUUAACGCAAAUAAGCAUUAAUGAAACCUUACAUGAUAAAGAAACGGAAAUAAAUGAGUUAAAUUCAAAGUAUGAAAGCAAAGAAUUAGAACUAGAAAAAGAAUGCAGUAAAGUUACAAAAUAUAUGCAGGAAAUUGUAGAAUUAACUAAUAAAAGAGAUAACUUAUUACAAAAUAUUCUACAGAAAACAACAAAAUUGACAUCUGAAUGUACUAUCGAAAAUACUGUAUCGUGUCAGUUUAGCAGCAAUCUUGAACAUAUGUAUGAACAAAUAAUUUUAACAUUGGAUAAAAUUGGUAACCAUAUAUCCAUAUUAAAUACUGAACGUGAAGCAAAAUACGACAACAUUGAAAGUAAAUUAUUGGAAGCUAAAAAUGAAAUAAUGCAAUUGACAGAAGAAAAUAUUAAAUUAAUUCAAGAUAUUUCAAAUUUAGAAAGCAGCAAUGAAACUUUGACAAGUGAUAUCAAAAGGAUUCAGAAUGAUAGUAAGAGCCUAACAAUAGACUUACAAAAAAGUAAUAAUCUGUUAAACCAGAUGCAACAAGACUUGACGACAAAGUGUAGCAAAAUUGAAAUUGUGGAAGCGAACGCUAUAGAAUGGAAGGGAAAGUUUAGAUGUCUUGAAGUAUUAAAGAAAAAACAAAUAGAAUUGUUAGAAAACGAAAAUUUGGAGCUCAAGUCUAAACUAUCGGGAUUACAAUUACAAGAUAGGCAAGAUAGUAUUACUGACUCCUUAAAAUCAAAUCAACAGUCCUUAAAGAAGUCCAAUGUUUAUACAAACAUUAACUCACCACCCAGUCUAUUAAAAAUUUGCUGUGAAAGUAUUAUUGAUGCUUUUUCAACUAAUGAAGAUGACAAAACAAAUAGUUCUGCAAGCUCUUCUACAGAUGAAUUAAAGAAUAUACCUUGCGUUAUGAAAAUAUGCCAAUGUAAAAAUGAUUUGGAUAUCUUAAAAGAAAAUAAUAUAGAAUUAAUGGCAAAUUUAAAACAAUUACAAAAUGAAAACGAACAUCUUAAUAAGGAACGAGAAGAAGUACAAAAAGAGGUACAGUUACUUGUUGAAAAUAUAUACGAAUUACAGAAAAAAAUAGUCAAUCAUCGAACUAAUUUGUCCACUUUAACCGCAACUACAUAUGCCGAAAAUAGGUCUUUAAGCUCUCAAGUAAAGUUCUUGCAACAUCAUCAUAAUAGAUUCCAUAUCGUGUGCCAAAGAGAUAUACCAGAUUUUAAAAAUCAAUUGCAGGAACUACUAAUUUUGUUAAAAUCGGAAAAUUUAGGCAAACUAAAUGAAAGCUUAAAACGCUAUUCACUUCCAAAUGCAUUAGAGGCAGUUGCGUUACAUUCGCCACUCAAAAACGAGUCGAUGAUUGAUGGUGAUCUUUUAAUGCUAGAUACCAAUAUUACUUUAACCACUUGUGAUAAUACUCUAAUAUCUCAUGAUCAAACAUGCUUCGAUGUAACUCAGGUCUGUACGUAUAAUGAGGUAGCAUGUCAAACUAAUCUUACUGAAAUCCCUAAAUAUAAUUUGUCACAUCCUCAGAUUAAAGUACAGUCGCUUGAUGAGACCGCAAUACUAAAGACCUUAGAAUCUCUCAAGGUAGAAAAUGGGAAGUUACGUAAAGUUGUUGAUGAAUAUUUACAAAAUAAAAAAUCCAAAUGUCUUGUAGAUGCCCAACAUAGUCCGAUUAAAAUGUCUGUUAACUGUCAUGAUCGUAUUAACAAUAGUGAGGACCUUGAGUCGUGUAAGAAGUGCGAGCAUAUUAUAGAAAAAAUGAAAAUUCAAAAAGACGCGUACGAAAAAGAAAUUGUGCUAAUUACAAAUAAAAUGACAAAUCUCGAAUCUCAAAAAGUUGAAAUUGAGACAAAGUACCAACAGCUUUCAUUAGAACUUCCUUCGUCCGAACUAUUAGUACGCAAAUUGGGUACGUUGGAAAAAGAUAAUUGUCAAAAACAAAAUGAGAUUGAUAAACUGAAUUCUACUUUAGACAAAAAAUGUGCGGAACUCAAAACCUUGCAAGAAGAAAAUGAUCUUUUAUCGAACCAAAUAAUCGAAAGUAUUUCAGAGGUGGACGACCUUAAAAAGGAACACGAUUCGUUAAAAGAAAUAAAUAAUAAUCUAAGUGAUAAAUUUUCCAACUUAGAAAAAGAAAUAGAACGUUUAAAAUGUGAGAACAUAAGUGAAAAGCAAACAACAUGUAUGGAAUGUACAGUUAAGAAUGAAAUCAUAAGCACAUUAAAGAACAAUGUCACAAAUUCCCACCAAAAGUUAGAUAGAAGUUAUAGCGAUUCCGAUAGUUCAUCGCGGUAUAACAAAAUCUGUACGUUACAAAAUGAGUUACAUGCCGGCAAAGAAGACUGCAUUGAAUUAAAAGAACAAGUUACUACAAUCAAAAAUCACUUAGAGCGUAGUAAUCUAUCAAUGGGUCAUGCUAUGGAUUUAGAUGACAGUAUUGGUGAUUCUCAUAUAUGUUCGUUUAAUGAAGAUUUCGAAAAUAUUAAGGCGAAUAUUAACAAGUAUAAUAUGCCUGACAUUCCAGAAGAACGCCCUCUAGAUAACCAUACAAUAGAUAAAAUAGAUUGUUUUAAUUACUAUAUUGAAAAAACUGCUGCGGAUAAAAAUACUCUGAACUGUGACGGUAAGAUGAUAGAUGUCAUGAAAAUGUUGUAUGAAAAUUUAGAAAAUAAACAUGCAAAUGAAAUCGAAAAUUUAAAUAAUAAAUUAAAAGACAUGGAAGAGUCUAAAAACGAAAUUCAAAUACAAUUAAACAAAAUGAACGUAGAACAAACAAGAAUCAGUAUAGAAUUGAAAGAAAAAGACACUUACUUUGAAACGUUAGCGAAUGUAGUCUCUCUAAUACGAAAUAAUAUCGCAAGUAUAAAAAGCGUAGAUUUUGAGGAUAUUGUCACUUAUUUUAGUGAUAAUGUUUUGAUGAAAGUAGAUAAAGAGUUUGGUUUUACUAGUAGCGAAAUAUUUAAAUUUGUAAUACAACAGAUAAAUGAAAAACAACAAACCGAAAUAACUAAGCUAGCAACAGAAAAUGACCAAUUAAAUAAUACUCUCAAACAAAACGCUAAAGAAUUUGAAAGUCUGCAUGAAAAUUUAUCUGCAAUGAAAUUACAACUUAGUGAAAAGGAAAAUAACCUCGAUUUGUUGCAAAGACAAAGAGAAAAAAUUCAUGAAAUUAGUUCAGCUGUUACUCUGGACAUUGUUAAAAGAGAGAAGGAAUUAAAGGAUCAAGUUAUUAAAAAUUACGAAAUACUUUUAGAAAGUAAAAUAAUAAAGCAAAAUAUAGACUUAACAUUGCCUGCUAUGGAAAUAAUUGACUUACUAUUUGAAGAUAUUUUUAGUAAUCAUGAGAAAUUAGAAAAUGAAAAACACGCCCUCUUUUUAAAGAUGGAUGAAUUAAUGGAAAUUUUAGAUGUAAAAGAAAAGGAAUUACAAAAUUUAAAUGCUAAGUUUGUAGAUUUUAACAAAACAUAUAAAGAUCAGCAGGAAGAACGCAACACUAAUAUAAAAAUUAUAGAGAAAUUAACCGAAGAUAUUUCUACUUUAAAAACAGAUAUUUCAGAUAAAGAUGCCUUGAUUGCGUCCUUAAAAAAAAAAGUUGAGGCAGUUAAUAAUAAUAUUGAAAACGAAGUCAGAGUAAAAGAACUUCUCCAAUCAUCUGCAAGUUUACAACAAGAAAUAGAUAAUUUGAAAUCUAUUAACGAUAUAAUACUAAAAGAGAAGAAAACGUAUGCAGAAGAAUUGGAAAAUGCGAGCGCAAUAAUUAAACAAAACAAAAAAGAUUUUGAGAUAUUGACAUCUGAUAUUCUGUUACUUAAGAAAACAAUUAAGGAAAGUUCGAAUGUUGCUGAAAAUUUAAAAUUAGAAUCGGAGAGAUUGUUAAAGGAAAAUACAAUACUACAAAAUCAAUUGGAAGAAAAAUGCAAAGAAUAUUCUCGUAUGGAAGACAACAUAAAAAAACACCAGAAAACUACAGAAAUUCAAAGCGGCAUUAUAAUAAGACUAAAAAAACAAAAAGAAGAAGAUGAAACUUUAUGUCUUGAAAAAAAUAAUCAAAUUGAAAAAUUGACCCAAAAUUGCAAAUUACUUGAGACACAAAGCCAAGAGUUGACCAAAGAGUUACAGUCGUCUAAAGAAAAAAUAGAGGAGUUAUUAAUGCGCAAACAACUAUUGGAGGCGCGUAUUUCUGAAUUAGAAACGAAUUUCGAUACAAGGCCACGAUUAUCCAUCGAUGCCUUAGCGGAUUCAACGAGACGAAGACGCCAGAGUAUCCAUGACUCUAAACGAAUGUUUUCAGACGACGUCGAAGAACACCUUAAAAUGGAGGCUGUAUUCAAAUCUUGCGGAAAAGCUGAUGACUUAUUUAUGGAUGUUGAUGAAAAUACUUCAAACAGAAGCACUCCCAUUAGGUUGAGCAGAGGACGCGAUAGUCUCCUACCGAAUCUCGAUCAGAGCGAGCGAGAUGAGGAGCGCCCCAGCAGCGUGCAGGCCGCGCGCCGCCGCCGACAGAGCGCGCACGACCUGCGCCGCGCCGCGCACGAUAACUCGCGUGAAUCUUCGCAAAACAACAGUAUGGAUAAUGAAGUAAUCCAACUAAGGAAGCAGCUUUCAAGCUGUCAGCAAGAGCUGGAAGAACUAAAGGAUAAAUACAGAGAGUUAGACGAAGAGUGCGAGACAUGUGCUGAAUAUUUGAAAGAACGAGACGAACAGUGUCUACGGUUAAAGAAGGAAAAACUUGCUCUAGAGAAAACUGUCGCUGAAUUAAAAGAAAAAUUAACAAAUAGCAAUCCAAGUGAUAAUACUACAAACAUUAAAAAAAAUGUAGUGAAUGCCUCAGUUAAAACUGAUGAAGAUUGGGUAAAUCUUCAUUCCAUUGUCGUGGACAGAAUGUCUUAUAACAUGGAGGUAGAAAAGAAUAAGAAAUUAAUGAAAACCGUGGAAGAGCUUCGUUUCAACAAACAAGAAUUGAAGAAAACCAUGGCCAAGAUGCAAAAAGCUUUAGAGAAAAAUAACGUAAAAGACAGUAAGGAAUUGGAAGCUAUGAAAGCUGAGCUAUCAGCUUGCAAACAAGAAUUGGAAGAGUUGAAGGUGAAAUACAAGGAGCUCGACGAUGAGUGUGAAACCUGCGCGGAGUACUUGCGAGAGAGGGACGAACAAUGCCGGAAGUUGAAGGAAGCGAAAAUUGCUUUAGAGUUGAAAUUACAAGAGUACCAAGACUUAAGUAAUAUAACGCAUUCCGUCCGUAAGAAGCGACAGAAUCAUCACGACAAGAAUCGCACCUCGAGCAUUUCGCUUAUUGACGCCGCCACACUCACCGACGACGACUUACUUUUACGAUACCAUGUUGAAAAUUCUCCUUCACUACGGCCGGUGGAAGAAACGCACGCAGAGAUGAGACGUCUUAAAUCGGCUUUGGAUAAGUUAUCCCAACAGAAAGCUGCAUUAGAACGUCAGCUACUGACAGCUUCGGCCAAUCCGCUUUAUGUAGCCACAGGAAGUGCGAUUAUCCAGAACCAACAAUUAACCGAUGUUAUGAAAGAGAAUCAAAAACUAAAGAAGAUAAACGCGAAAUUAGUUACCAUUUGUAAGAAACGCGGGAAGAUUGACGCUAACAGAGAAAACGAGGAUCCCAUGAACAAUUGAAACGAACUUUUAAUAAUAUAAUUUAAUACUCAAUUUUAUCUCAUUGUUUAAAUUUGUAAUAACAAAAAGCUGGUUUUUUUGUUUUUAAAUUUUUAAAGAUCUAUUAAGGAUCGUUUAUUUUUGUAAUUCCAUUGAAGAUUUAAUUUACUUUUGCAUUAUAUAAGUUGAUUCUAUACGAAAGGUUAAAUCCUCAAUAAAAGACUGAAAUGCUAUGAAGACAUUCCAUAAGCAUUUAUUACUAAUGUAGUAAGGUCGAUAUUGGUGAGUAUUCAUAUAUAGAGUUAUCUAACAUUUCGUGAGAACCAAAGAGAGAAGUUAGGUGCAAAAAGCAGUUUCAGCAAAACAUGACACUAUUUUAUGUAUGAGAUACUUUAUGCUACUUAUCUGUAAAAAAGUUAAUUACUGUAAUAUUACACAUUUGUAGCAGUAUAUUUGUAAAAUAAGCAAGGAUAUAUUCAGUUAAAAUGUUUGGUUUGUUUUAAAAUAUACUCAUCAAUAACGUAUCCAAAUGUGACUGGAUUUAAAUAUGUUUUUUUAUUUCAAUUUUUACAUGACCCGGGUGCCAUUUUGAAACACAGAUUAUACUUGUAUAAUUUUGAAAUGUACUUAUUGAAACUGGUGCCUGAUUAAUAACUAAAUAUAAGUUUUCGAAAUUGUAUAAUAUUUGAUUAGAUUGUAAAUUUAUAGCUUACAAAGCCUAACGUCCAAGUUUAGUUAGUAGCACUAUAACUAACAAAGUACCUAUAGAAAAUCGUUUAAGAUCUUAGACGCUGUUCUUACUUUAUCAUGGCAAUAAUUUUUUUUUUUUUUAAUAAUUAAAAAAAUGGUUGUAAAAUUAUUAAUAAAUUAAAUAUUAUUUAACUAUUACGCUGUAACCAUGCACAAAGCUAUGCCAAAAUAAGAUAAAGCACGUGUAUUAUUUGCCUUAACAUUUUUUAUUAAUAAGAAUAUAAUUAAUUUGUUUUAAAUGAAUGGUGCCUGCGCUGAUUGAUUUAAAUGAAUAAUGAUUGACUGUUGAA